ACAGACUCACUACUUCUCCUCUAUUUCUCUUCUUAAAAGUCUUCGUUCCUUGUUUCCUCCUUCUAACUCUCUCUCUCUAUGGCUUCGUCAUCUUCUUCUCACAAUUGGUUAUAUGAUGUUUUCUUGAGCUUCAGAGGGGAAGACGUCCGCGUAACAUUCCGUAGCCACUUUCUCAAAGAGCUUGAUCGGAAACUAAUCACUGCUUUCAGAGACAAUGAGAUCGAGAGAAGCCACUCUCUCUGGCCCGAUCUUGAACAAGCCAUCAAGGAAUCCAGGAUCGCUGUGGUCGUUUUCUCAAAAAACUACGCUUCAUCGAGCUGGUGUCUUAACGAGUUGCUGGAGAUUGUAAACUGCAAUGAUAAAAUUGUCAUACCAGUUUUCUACCAUGUGGAUCCUUCCCAAGUGAGGCAUCAAAUCGGCGACUUCGGAAAGAUCUUUGAAAAUACUUGCAAGAGACAAACAGAUGAGGAAGUGAAAAAUCAAUGGAAGAAAGCGUUGACUCUUGUAGCGAAUAUGCUUGGAUUUGACUCUGCCAAAUGGAACGACGAAGCAAAAAUGAUUGAAGAAAUAGCCAAUGAUGUUUUGGGUAAACUGCUUUUAACUACACCCAAGGAUUCUGAGGAACUUGUUGGCAUCGAAGAUCACAUCGCUGAAAUGAGUUUACUGCUGCAACUGGAAUCUAAAGAAGUGAGAAUGGUUGGUAUAUCGGGUUCCUCAGGGAUUGGUAAGACUACCAUUGCAAGAGCUCUGUUUAAACGACUUUCUCGACAUUUCCAAGGUAGCACUUUCAUCGACAGGGCUUUUGUAUCUUAUAGUCGGAAUAUUUAUAGUGGCGCCAAUCCGGACGACCCCAAUAUGAAGUUGCAGCUACAAGGACACUUCCUAUCUGAAAUUCUCGGGAAAAAAGACAUAAAGAUAGAUGAUCCAGCUGCAUUGGAAGAGAGGCUAAAGCACCAAAAAGUUCUUAUCAUUAUUGAUGAUUUGGAUGAUAUAAUGGUACUAGAUACAUUAGUGGGUCAAACUCAAUGGUUUGGAUAUGGGAGCAGAAUCAUUGUGGUUACAAAUGAUAAGCACUUCUUGAUUGCUCAUGGAAUUGAUCAUAUUUAUGAAGUAAGUUUCCCAACUGAUGUGCAUGCUUGUCAGAUGUUAUGUCAAUCUGCAUUCAAGCAAAACUAUGCUCCUAAAGGUUUUGAGGAUCUUGUAGUUGAUGUAGUAAGACAUGCGGGCAAUUUUCCUUUGGGUCUUAAUCUUUUGGGUAAAUAUUUGCGGAGGAGGGAUAUGGAAUACUGGAUGGAUAUGCUGCCAAGGCUUGAGAAUAGUCUACGUAUAGACGGUAAAAUUGAAAAAAUACUAAGAAUCAGCUAUGAUGGGUUAGAGAGUGAAGAUCAAGAGAUAUUUCGUCAUAUCGCAUGUCUUUUCAAUCAUAUGGAAGUCACAACCAUCAAGUCCUUGCUGGCAGAUAGUGAUGUUAGUUUUGCACUAGAAAACCUAGCUGAUAAGUCCCUCAUUCAUGUCAGACAAGGUUAUGUGGUGAUGCACCGUUCGCUACAAGAAAUGGGUAGAAAAAUUGUUCGCAUUCAGUCCAUUGACAAACCUGGAGAACGAGAAUUUCUGGUGGAUCCAAAUGAUAUACAUGAUAUACUCAAUGCAUGCACUGGUACUCAAAAGGUUUUAGGUAUAUCACUGGAUAUAAGGAAUAUUCGUGAGUUGGAUGUACAUGAGAGGGCCUUCAAAGGGAUGUCUAAUCUCCGUUUCUUAGAAAUUAAGAACUUUGGUUUGAAAGAAGACGGUUUGCAUUUACCUCCAAGUUUCGACUAUUUGCCCCGUACACUCAAACUAUUGUGCUGGUCCAAAUUUCCAAUGAGGUGUAUGCCUUUUGGUUUUCGUCCUGAAAACCUUGUCAAGCUCGAAAUGCAGUACAGCAAGCUACAUAAGCUAUGGGAAGGAGUUGCGCCACUUACAUGUCUAAAGGAAAUGGAUCUGCACGGAUCAUCAAACCUGAAAGUAAUUCCAGAUCUUUCUGAAGCUACUAAUCUCGAGAUACUUAAUCUUAAGUUUUGCGAGAGUUUGGUCGAGCUCCCGUCCUCUAUACGAAAUCUCAAUAAACUGUUGAACUUGGACAUGCUAAACUGCAAAAGUCUGAAAAUUCUUCCUACCGGAUUCAACCUCAAAUCUCUUGACCGCCUCAAUCUCUAUCAUUGCUCAAAGUUGAAGACUUUUCCCAAAUUCUCAACCAACAUCUCAGUUCUCAAUCUAAAUCUAACAAACAUUGAAGAUUUCCCUUCUAAUUUACAUCUCGAGAAUCUUGUUGAGUUUAGAAUAUCAAAAGAAGAGAGUGAUGAGAAACAAUGGGAAGAAGAGAAGGUAAGUAGUUCUACACUUAACAUUAUCUCCAAACUCUUUCCCUAACACUUUUAUAAAAGUAAAAAAAAAUCAUUGUCGUUGACUCGUGUGAAAACUUAAAAAACACUAAUUUUUAUAUAUUUAUGAAUAAUUUAAUUUGAUUGGAAAGUAAAUUUUGGUUACAAAGAAUGAAGAAGAAAAUAUCUGAUUUUAAAAAAAAAUAAAUAAAAAGUAAAAAACAGAUAAAAAUGGAAAGAAAAUAAGAAAUUAAAGAUGAUAUCAAUUGGGUUUUUUCCUUUGUCGUGAUAUCAUUAAAACGUAAAAGAAAAUUAUACAUGGGAUUUUCUUAAUUUAUUAUUUUUAGCUAUUUUCUAAUGACAUAUAUUAUGUAAUUAAAAAAUAAUCGGUUUUAAUAAAGAGUAGAUGUGAUCGUGAAUGGAAAGUUCCAAACAAUCUAUUAAUACCGAUGAGAUUUACCCAUAAUACAUUAGUACUGUUAUUCUUUUCGUUUUUAAAGAUUUAUUUUCUAAAAUUUAACUUUAAAAGUAAUUUGCCACUGAAAACCCGUAAAACUUGUUAUUUGGUUCAGCCGCUUACGCCCUUCCUGGCGAUGAUGUUGUCUCCCACUUUGACGAGCUUGCAUCUCGAGAAUCUCCCAAGUUUGGUGGAGCUUACUUCCUCAUUUCAGAAUCUCAAUCAACUGAAGGACUUGAUCAUAAUAAACUGCAUAAAUCUGGAGACUCUGCCCACCGGAAUCAACCUCCAAUCUCUUGAUUACCUUUGUUUCAGUGGAUGCUCACAGUUGAGGAGCUUUCCUGAAAUCUCAACCAACAUCUCAGUGCUCUAUCUAGACGAAACAGCGAUUGAAGAGGUUCCUUGGUGGAUCGAGAAAUUCUCUAACCUCACUGAGCUAAGCAUGAACAGUUGCAGCAGGCUAAAAUGUGUGUUCCUACACAUGUCUAAACUGAAACAUCUUAAGGAAGCUUUGUUUCGAAAUUGUGGUACAUUGACCAGAGUUGAAUUGAGUGGAUAUCCAAGUGGGAUGGAGGUGAUGAAAGCAGACAAUAUUGACACAGCCUCCUCUUCUCUUCCUAAAGUCGUACUCAGUUUCUUGGACUGCUUCAACUUGGAUCCAGAAACUGUCCUUCAUCACCAAGAAUCAAUUAUUUUCAACUACAUGUUAUUUACAGGGAAAGAAGAAGUGCCAUCAUAUUUCACUUACCGUACUACUGGAAGCUCCUCUCUGACCAUUCCUAUACUUCACGUCCAUCUCUCCCAACCAUUCUUCAGAUUUAGGAUUGGCGCAUUGGUAACUAAUAAGGAGGAGCCAGUAGAGCUCGAGGUAAAAUGUGAGUUCAAAGACAGAUUUGGGAACAACUUUGAUUAUGACAUUUAUUUCGAAGUUAAUAAAGAUAGAUAUUAUGGGGAGGAUUGCUAUAAUAUAGCUAUAUUGGACUGUCGUAUCCCUCUAAACGAAGAUAAUGCUGCUCUAGCUCAACGGAACUACUACGAUCAUGUGGAUAUAAAGAUUGAGCAAUUAGACAAAAGAUAUAGUGAUAUUGAACAAUGGGGUAUACGACUCUUAGAGGACUGUUCAUCAGCGGAGACUCGACUUGAUAAUUAUUCAAACAGUACUCUUCCACAUGUUUCUGAAGCCGAAGAAGGUAAUAAAGGGUAUACACCUCUUCAAGGACUUGUUAAUGAGAUUGAACACAGUGAAGAGCCUGGAGAUAUCAAUGUAGAAACUGAGAGAAGCACGAAGCGCAUGCGGCUAUAUCACUUCAUAUAAGUAAUAUUAGGGUGUCUACGUCCAAACUAAACGGAUGGGGUAAAUACGACACUUAGAGGACUGUCAUCAGCGAAGAACCGACAUGGUAAUCCAAACACUAUGCAGCAUGUUUGUGAAGCUGAUGAAGGCAGUGAUGGAUGCCAUUAAACUGAUCAGAGCGAAGAGCGAGGAGACAGUGAUGAAUAGUGAUAUAGGUAGGGAGAGUGAUCACUUUGAAGAGUGCGAAUAUAGUGAUAUAAGCAAUGAGAGUGAUUAGAGUGAAGAGCAUGGGGAUAGUGACGAUGAUGGUAUAAGCAAUGAGACCAAUCUGUUGGAAGAGUGUGGAAACAGUGAUUAGGCAAUGAGCUUGAUCAGAAUGAAGACAGUUGAGAUAGAGAGAACCAAUACACAAUACAAGAUUACGUGAAAAAGAAAUGAAUCUUUGAGAUACUUUUAUGGUGAUGGAAUGAGUAGUUUUGCUGUCGGUUCUAUGGAACAACAAGGAGAGCCCAAGAUUCUUCAUUGUCUUCAGGGCAGAUGAAGAUGUUGCUGUUCAUGUGAAUGUUUUAAAAUGUUUUGUUUCUGUUCUUAGGUUGCACGUUUUUGAUAAGCUUAUUUCAUUACUAUAACGAUUCCUUUAAUUUGCUGUCUAGCACAAAGUUUUACAGUGAACCCGAAUUGAGUUUGUGAUUUAUAAUAGUUCUCUUUUUUUAUGAAUAGUUGAAAAGUGUUAUGUAUAGCAUACACCUAUUAUGGAGAGAAAUCGAACGACUGA